AUGGCUCGGGAAAGUGCCGGGAAAGGCCGGGAGGGCCGGGGCGGUCUCGGCGGGGGCGGGAGCGGGGGCGGUGACGGCGGGGAGGGCGGUCGCGGGGGCGGGGGGGAGCAGCGCAGGGUUGGGUGGGGUGGCGGCGAUAACGGGACCGGGGAACGCGGCAGGCGCGGCGGGGGGAGCGGGGGGCAGGGCGGGGGCAGCAGCGGGAGCGGGGGAUACCGCGACGGAACAAGCGGGGGCGGGGAACGGCGGCGCGGGGGUGGGGGGGACCGGAAUUGCGGCGACGGGAGGCGGCAACGGCAGCACGGGCGCGGGGGGAGGGAGGAGGGGGUAGAGCGGCGCACAGGGAGGGGUGGUCGCAGCGGAAGGUACGGCGGCAGGGACAGGGAACGGGGCCCCCGGGGCCGGACACGGGAAGGAAGCGGGGCCGGGGAGAUGGGGGGCUGCAGGAAGCGGGGAGUUGGGCAGCGAGGGUACCGCGAGGGGGGGGAAUGUGGGGGGGGCGGGGGGGGGCUGCUUGACUUCUGCCUGUGA